UUCCACCACUAGGUGGCCAAAGAGCGCUUGUGCCUCCAGAUGAAGAAGGACACGAAGGAGAAAAAAGGGAGAAAGAAAGGGCCAGACAAGAUAAUUGGAGCACUGACUCCAGUCUUGGAACCCUUACCGUCCCCACUGUGUCGCCUGCCUCCUCUGAGAAGACUGAACUCCUCUGGCUGUGGAGAUGCCACUGCUCUCCCGGGUUCACUGCAGCCUUUCAGACCUACCACAGGGGAGACUGACAACAUCAGUAAGACGUCGUCGUCCUCCACUGAAGACGGGAGGAAGAGGUUGUUGAGGGAAAAGGAGGAGAGGGUGCGUCUCCUCCAGGAGGAGCUGAGGAGAGACGAGGAGGAGGAGACAAAGAAACUGAAGGAGGAGAGUGAGGCCGUGCGGAAAAAGUUACGGAUCACCCUGGAGAGAGCGACAUCGGCAGAACGCGACAGACUGAAUGCCCAGAAGAAGCAGGACACUGAACGUCUGGAGGCAGAGCUGAAAGAGCAGCUGGAGACAGAGAGGACAAGACUUCAGGGAGAGAACAAAGAGAAACUCAACGCUUUACAAAAGAAGGAGUCUGAACUGCAGGAUCAAGCUGAUCAGCUGGAGCAGAGAGCCAAAGCGCUGAAGAGCGAGGAGGACACGCUGCACACCAAGAUAGCAGAUCUGAACACAAGGAAGAUAAAGGUGGGGGAGGAAGAGAAGGAGGUGGACAGGCAGAUGGAGCUGAUCCAGGAGAGAGACCAGCUGAAGGAAGAGCUGGAGCAAGCCCAUGAAGUCAUCCACAGAGCCAUGGAGGAGUGGAGAGAGGCCAAGGAGAAGGAGAAGCAGCUGAUGGAAGAGCAGGACCAGCUGAGGGAGGAGCUGACAAGGAUGAGGGAGGAGAAAUGUCAAGCCUGUGAAUUUAUCCAGAGAGCCAGGGAGGAGAGGAGCGACGCCAAGGAGGAGAAGGAGCAGCUGAGAGAGGAGAGAGACCAGCUCAUAGAAGAGCUGCAGAAGAUGAGGGCAGGCAGAGAUCAGGUGAGGGAAGAACUGGAGAGGAUGAGAGAGGAGAAACAUCAAGUCCAAGAACUCAUCCAGAGAGUCAGGGAGGAGGGGGAGAAGCGGCUGAGAGGAGAGAUGCACAAAGCCAGAGAUGAGAGCAGGAGAGCAAAGGAGGACAAGGGGAAGCUGGAGAGCAGAGUGAUGCUGCUGCAGGAGACAUGUGAACGUCUCAGACACAGAGUCAGUGAGUUGGAACAAGGUGAAGGAAGUCCUUCCAAGGAAGAGACAACGCCCUCUGGUGACAGGAAUGAUGCGUUGCUGCACCUGGAUGACUCACCACCUCGCUCCCCUGGAUCAAACAUUCAACGCAACAUGGACAAAUUACCAUGUUACAUUUCCUCACGGCCCACCUCCACCCAUAAACCCAAUGUCUGUGUGGAGAGUGAGAGCAGCCAGUUAAAGGAGAGACAGGCAGCUGUGAGGGCAACUCAGUCCAGCAUCUCUCUGGACUCCAGCAUGGUGACUGAAGAGAUGAUAAGAGACCUACUGCAGGAGGUUAGAAAUUUGUCAAAGCUGGAGAAGAGAGUUUGGAGAGUGAAAGAGGAUCAGAUUCAGCAGCUGAAGAGUGUGAAAACUCAAGAGCCUUUGUCUGGAGAGGCAGGAGAAAGGAGGGCGACUGAUGACGUGCCUGAGUCAGACCACAGCUGUACUGUGGACCCACUGCUCAGAACAGGAGGUCGUCCCUCAGCCCCAGCCAAAGUCCUGGAGUCUUUGCAGCAGAUCUCAAACCAUUUCAACACCGUUCUGAGCACGCUGGGUUCCGUCGCUGGGUUCACACCUCACACAGCCGUCCCUUUGUCUGCAAAUCAGCCUCACUUAAUCUCCUCAUUUAACCCAGUCAUGCACCAGACACACGGCCUCUGCCCCGACUCUGUGCAGCCUCGUGUCUCUGCGAGGCUCCCAGAGCUUUCGUGGAACUGGGCGACUCAGAAAAGCUCUGCAGCCGCUGUGAGCAGCGGCCUGAAGGCCUGUGACGACCUCAUCAACAGGCAACGGAGCCAGACUUAUCCUGGAGCAGCUAUGAUGUCCACCUUAUCAUCAUACACUCCUUUGAGUAAACGCGGCAACCGCCUGUGUUCUGUGGAGAUGGACGGUCCGAGUCUGCACAGACAGAUCGACAGCAUGAAGAUGUGGCUGGAGAGUCGCCGAAAAGACACCAGCAUACCUUUGUUAAGUCGCUAUCCGGUUAUGUCCUCUGAGAAGGACUUGGCCUGAGAGUCUGUGACGACUGAGGACACAAUGUAAUGUACACUUCAGUCCUGUUGUAC